CUCGCCUCGCCUCUUCGCCUGUCAACCACGGCCCGAAGGUUCCACAUCUCAAUCGAGUAGCGGAGUUUGUCGAGAGUGGAUGUGUAGUGUAGUGUAGUCAGUGCUGGUCACCUUCCUAGAGACUACAGCCACCAGAGACCUGGGAAUAACCCUGCCGAUUGGAAAUGCCAACUUUACUUUUCGUCCUACAUUGAGGUGAUGUUUCUCCUGGUGGUGGCGGGCGUGCUCCUGUGUACCAGCGCCGGUGGAUCUGAGCCGCACAGGAAGGUUAGCUGCGAGGAGGCGCGGCUCAAGUGCGCCUACAGGACGGGCUGCGGCAUGGCGCUGCAGAACUACAUGGUCGGCUGCAGCAGCGUGCUGAGGGACAGCGGUGCUCAUUGUCCUGAGUCUUGUCAGCACGCGCUGAUAGCUCUCACCUCCACUGACGAGGGCAAGGACCUCAUGUCUUGUGAGUGCACGGACGAGUUGUGUAAAGAGACCAAGGAGCGUGUGGAGGUGUGCAGACCUCAUGUACUGAGAGCCACCAGGAACGAGUCCAUCGUAUCGUGCAGAGUUGCUGAGUGGAUCUGUGGAGCUGACGGAGUUUGCAGCACGGCUCUGGACUACUACCAUCGAUACUGCCGCAGCAUGUUUCUGGGCCGCAAGUGCUCCAACCGCUGCAAGAACAGCAUCAGUAUCCUCAGACGACAGGAAAAGGCUGCCAAGCUGACGACCUGUGUGUGUGACGGAAGAGAGGAAUAUGACUGUGAACAGAUCCAUAUUAACAUGGCGAGGCUAUGUUUCCACAAGGAGCCCGAGCCUCCGCCACCCCCGGUAGAUGAGGAGCCUACUGCAGGGGUGGAAGAAGGAGGCAGUGGGGUCAUGGUGCAACCUCGUUGGCUAUUUGUGUGUAUACUGAUGUUGACCUGCCUGCUCGCCACAUGACCAAGGCCUGCUUCCUCAUGUGAAAACAGCUUUAAGAACCAAUGAAGCCUACCUCAGUCCGCAAUCACAUCGCAGUUCCGCAGCAGUUUCCGCAGUUCCGCAGUUACCAUCCGCAGCAUUAGUUCCUCUCACACAGCCUUAACUCAGUAUUUAUUGCAUCACUUCUGACCUGUACAGUUGUCUAUAUGUAUAGCCUAUAAGUGUAAAUAUUUGUGAAUAGUUUGUAUCUUGUAUAUCUUCUCAAUUAUUGGACUGUUUAUCUUGAAACCUUGAAACCUCUCAAAGAGGUCCGAGGACAAUGUAUAAAUUUCAACACCAAAGAAUAGUAUAUGUGGAUUUGUAAACUUUUAUAUGGAUUUUGCAAAUCUAGAGCUAUUUAUUCUUUACUUUGUUAUUUUUUACAAAUGUAAAUGUUUACGAUGUGUUGGAAAAUGUUUUUUGGAAAAAUACAAAAUGUACUUAACUUUUUAAGUAGAAAUCUAUUAGGCUUUCUAAUCUUCAGUCUAUGUUUUUCAUAAUCUAGCCUAUUUGUCAAAAUUAUAAAUUUUAAAAAUCUGUGGAAGGGUAAGAUGUUGAGAAAAAACAUUCAUUACCUACCUAGAGAAAAUAAGAUGAACCAGUUACAGAUGCUUUACAUAUUGGUAAUGAGUUUAGUUCUUGUUGUAGGCUACCGAAAGUUAUUAUUAUGUAAGUCCAUUCAGGAUUCAAAUUGAUAGAAUUUUAAUCUCAUAUAUUUUAAUUAAUUAUGAAAUAUAGGCCUAAAAAGUUAUCCUUAAAUGGUUUAACGGUACAAAUAUAAUAUGUGUUCCUGCUCAUUCUAACUAUCUAACAAAAUGAUUUCACCAAAGAAUAUGUUACUUUUUUAUCUUGAUAAUAUUACAAUAAGCUGAUUAUCUCAAACUAAAAAUCAACUGUAAAAUUUAUAGUGAAUAUUUAAAACCAAGUUAAAAUUGUGGUAGCUAUUAAUAGUUGAUAUAAUCUUGAAGUAAAUACCCAAACAAAAAUUAAUUCAUGAUCAAUACAAUUUUAAAACUAUAUUUAUUUUAUUGAAAGACAUAUUUUGGUUUUUUACUGCAGUUUUAAUUUUUAAUAAUUUUUUAUAUUUUAAAUUUGUUUUUCUUACUGAAAAACAAUGUUGUUAAUAAACAUCACAAGCAGACUGUGAAAUUUAUGAGUAGAUUUACACUGAAUUGUUAUAAAUGGUAUAACAACUUUGGAUUACAAAAUUUAAGUCUCAUUAUUGAUAAUGAGUAUCUUAUUGUUUGUCUCCAACUGAUUUGUUAGUAAACUUAUACUUUCUCUUCACUUUUUACAAUUAUUAUUGGCAAGUAAGACAAAUCUGCAACAUAAAUCUAUGGAAUUAUCACAUCAAAUAAGUGUGAAAUUUCGAUGCUCAAUGUAAAUACAAUGUAUUUAAGAAGGUACGACAUAGUGUACAAUAUUUAUUUUUGUUAACUAUUUUGUUUUAAACAAAUUUUCUAGAGCCUGGAGCUGUUUUGUUAUGUUAUUUUCAUUUGUAUAUUGUAGAUUUUGUUACAUCAAUAUAAUUGUUUAUGAUUUCCUGGAGUAAUGCAACAUCAUGAUUCCGAUUGGAUUUUUAAU